CAUUAGUCAUGUCAAGAAAUCGCAUUACAGCUGGACCGAAAUCCAUCGUGUGUUUGGAGACCAACCUCCGAGGAGAGAUUUCUAUUGGUUCAGGUAGUAUUCUACACCCUCAAUGCAGAGUUAUUGCUGAGAAUGGUCCAAUCUAUAUUGGCCGCAAUAAUAUAAUUGAAGAAAAUGCCGUUAUCUUUAACAAGAAUGCCACUCCUCUUGUGAUUGGUGAUGAAAAUGUGUUUGGUGUAGCUUGUUAUGUCGAAGGCUCGCGUAUAGGAAACAGUAAUGUUAUCGAAGCAAGAGGCCGAGUUCUGGGAAGUACAACGAUGGGUAAUUUCUGUGUUAUCAGCGCUGCUUGUUCAACAGAGACAAACGAAACAAUUCCUGAUUUGACUGUAAUCUAUGGUGCCAAAUCCAACAGAAGAACCCAAACAGAGGUUUUGCCAGCACAGGCUACAGUUCAUGCCCGUCAUUUGGAUUAUCUGAGAGAGACACUACCAAAAUACAAUCAUCUCAAGAAGUUGGAUACCGUAUAAUACACAAAUCAACAGAGAUAAUGUGGUGACAUCAAUAUUCCCAGCUAUUCAUUCCACUUCUACCAAUGUCUACCCCACCGCCUUUCUAUACAUCAAUAUAUAUGAUAUACAAAUAUACACACAAAACAUUCACAUCC